AUGGGAGAUAGUCUCCUUGUCAAAGUUUAUCAGGCUGAUAUUCUGAAUGUUGAUGUGGAUGGCAUUGUUAAUGCUGCUAACAAAUGGCUUGCUCAUGCUGGUGGAGUUGCUCGGGCAAUUAUUAAUGCAGCUGGAGAUGCUGUCAACAUAGAAGGACAAAGAAAACGUAAUGGUAGAGCAUUGAAUGAUGGAGAAGUAUUAUCAACUUCUGCUGGUAACCUAACACAAUAUAGAAAUAUCAUCCAUGCUGUUGGACCAAUAAAUACCCCUUCAAGUAGAAAUUGCGAAAAGAAACUUGAAGAGACUGUGUACAAUUCACUGAUAGAGGCAAAUCAAUUAGGUCUGUGUUCAGUGGCUUUACCAGCAAUAAGCUCUGGCAUAUUUGGAGUUCCUCUUGAUAUUUGCACAAAUGCUUAUGUUAUGGGUGUUAAAGAAUUCUACAAAACAAAGCCAUCAGACUGUCAACUUAAAGAAAUACAUUUUGUUGACAUGAAUCCUGUUACAUGCAAGGCCAUCAAAGAUGAUUUUGCAAAACAAUUAAGUGAAGUCCCUGCAGUCACUGGCAACAAUAUUCAUCAAUCAAAAUACAAUUCUGCAAAUAUUUCCAGUUAUGAAGACAUGGAGGUGAAAGCUAUUGAUGAAAAAAGUUUAAGAUGUGUUGCUUGCAAGAAACCCCUCACUGGGAUUAUUCAGGGAAACCACUCACCUGGAACCAUGUCUGUGAAGACUGAUUGUCUGGAUCCUAACAAUUUGCGUCAAGUCACAGCCUGCUUAGCUGACAAAAAGAUCACUCCUGAAGAUGUGGCUGAAAGAAAUAUCAAAAACCAUAUUGUUUUAUAUUGA